AUGGCAAAACCCAAGGCUGUUCGGGGGAAGCCGAAGUCUGGUCGCGUGUGGAAGACAACCCGUACAAAGAGGUGAGACCCUUCAUCAGUACUCUAUGUGUGCUCUACGCUAUUUCACCACCUUAGUAUUAGCCUUCGAUGUACUUUACCGUCAUGUACUCUUCAGGUACUCUUCCAUACGUCGUGAUAAAGGCCUCCGAAGUACAUGGGAAGAGAAAGUGGCACUGAAGACUGAGCUACAGAAUCGUAGGGCUGCUGAUGCCGAGCGGCGUGCGCAACGGGCUAAACGCAAGGAGGCCAAACGACUUGCUGAAGAGGCCCGCGCAGAACGCAAAAAAGAGAAUGAAAGAAGAGCCGAGGUUGUUGUUCCGGUAGCUUUUUUGUACACCUUUCACCCUUAACUCCUCUUUCUGUCUGCACAGAUAAAGAAUACGAAAAAGCUGAAAAAGAUGAAGAAGAGCCAGUUGCGCUCCAUUGAGAUGCGGUGA